AACACGCUAUGCCGGAAACUCCACAGCUUCUAUCAACCUAUCAUCCACUCUUUUUUGACUUUUGUGACUGAGGCAUUGAGUCUCUUGCCGUACUAGGUGAAGAGCCUCUAAGCUUUUGUCGCUGUGCUGUUCUCCGCCGUCACCAUGUUUCCCAGGGUUAUUUUAAAGGGAACUAUGAUAAAAAAGUCUCAACAAAAGAAAAGAACGUCACCUUGUAACUAUAAGGAAAGAUUUUUUGUGCUGGACACGCAAGACUUGAAAUAUUCUGAACGUCGCCCAGGGAAAAAACCAAUGGUUAAAGGGUGCAUAGAGCUUUCCCGAAUUAAGUGUGUGGAAAUUGUGUGUACUGACAUGCCCAUACCAUGCAACUUUAAGUACCCUUUUCAGAUCUUUUAUGACACCUAUUAUCUCUACGUCUUUGCCCCAGACAACGAUUGUCGUCAGAGAUGGGUCAGAGCUCUUAAAGAGGAAACAAAGAAUAAUAAUUUAGCUUCAAAAUACCACCCAAAUUUCUGGAUGGAUGGAAAAUGGAAAUGCUGUCAACAAACAGAAAAACUGGCAACCGGGUGUCAAGUAUACAACUCACUUGGUUGUGCUUCUAAAAAGCCACUACCGCAACUCCCGGAUCUAGAGACGGAUGUGAGCGAUGGGGGGCUCAGGUCGGUCAUUGCUUUGAAAGACUACGUGCCGCUGGGAGACGACGACCUGCCUCUUCAGAAAGACCAGGAGUACGUGCUGAUUAAAAGCUCCCACCGUGACUGGUGGACUGUACAGGAUGACCAGGGGAACAGAGGAUUUGUACCCAGCACUUACGUAGUUGAAAAAUCUGGUAACAACUUUGAGAGAUUUGAAUGGUACAAUAAAAACAUAACCAGGCCAGAAGCAGAAGACUUGUUGAUGAAAGAGGGAAAAGAAGGUGCGUUCAUGGUGCGGGACUCACGGCAGGCGGGAGUCUACACUGUGUCAGUCUUCACCAAAGCACCGGGAUCUAAUGGAGAGAAGAAUCCCAGAGUGAAACAUUACCAGAUCAGGCAGACGGAGGCAGAAGGCGGCUCCUAUUACCUGGCAGAGAAGUACCUGUUCAGCACCAUUCCAGAGCUCAUCCUUUACCACCAACACAAUGCUGCAGGCCUCAUCACACGUCUGAGACACCCCGUCUCUCAGAAUGGAAGCUCCUGCCAGAACAUUACGGGCCUUUUAAAAGAUCAGUGGGAGGUGGAGCCCGAGGAGCUGACCCUGGGUCAGGAGAUAGGCAGCGGCCAGUUCGGCCUCGUCCUCGAGGGCACGUGGCGGGAGACGAAGGUGGCGGUGAAGAUGAUAAGAGAGCAGUACAUGUCCGACGAGGAGUUUAAAGAAGAGGCGCGGGUGAUGAUGAAGUUAUCUCACUGUAAGCUGGUGCAGCUCUACGGUGUGUGCACCCAGCAUUCCCCCAUGUGUCUGGUGUUUGAGUUCAUGGAGAAGGGCUGUCUGUCCGACUACCUGCGAGCCAUGAAAGGCCAGUUGUCUCAGGACGUCAUGUUGGGCAUGUGUCUGGAUGUCAGCGAGGGGAUGGCUUAUUUGGAGAACUCCAACUUCAUCCACAGAGAUCUGGCUGCAAGAAAUUGCCUCGUGUCACAUAACAAUGAAGUCAAAGUGUCGGAUUUUGGGAUGGCCAGGUUUGUUUUCGAUGACCAGUACACCAGCUCCCAGUGCUCCAAGUUCCCAGUGAAGUGGUCGGCCCCAGAGGUGAUCCGAUACAGCAAGUUCAGCAGCAAGUCCGACGUCUGGUCGUUCGGCGUCCUCAUGUGGGAGGUGUACAGCGAGGGCCGUCUUCCCUACGAGAACCGCUCCAACGCCGAGGUGGCGGAGUCGCUGAACGCGGGCCUGAGGCUCCUGAAGCCGCGCUUGAGUCCGGACGGCGUCCACCAGCUCAUGGAGUGGUGCUGGAAGGAGAAACCUGAGGAUCGUCCAUCUUUUGCCCUCCUUAUUCAUGAACUGGCCUCUCUCCCAAAUGUGAACUGAUAUCCAGUUUAAUUUUUUUAUUUAUUUAUUUAAGUUAUUGAUUGGAAUGUUUGUCCAAUUUGUAUUUUUGGUGUUCACACAACCCUCAUUUGUUUUGUUUAAGGUUGAUACAGUCCAUUCGCACAGGUUCUGCGCAGGUUUUCAACAUCCUCUGUAAAUCUCUGUACAUGAAGCAGGUGCUGUUACUACAUUGCUUGAUCCAACUUCUUCUAUAUUGUGCGUUGUCUGUGAUAAAACAAUAUCAACUUACUAAGCCCAUAGUGUUAAAUACACUGAUUGUAAAUAUUUUAUUAAUGACAAUAAUCUUCUAAUGCACGAGAUACAGUAGGUGUCUCUUAAUCCUGGCUUUUAUAACAGGCCAGCAACAAAUAAGACCCCACACCUAUGGAUUUAUGGGUUACUGUAAUGUUUGUAAGAGAUGGAAAACCAACCAAGCCGGCAGUCGGGCCGUCUGCCAACUCUUAAACUGUC